CACAGGAGACAAUGCUGCCGCUCCGCUCCGCAGCCUGGCGCCGGCCGCUCGCUCGCCACGCGCGUCUGCUGUCCGUCGCAGGGACGCCAGGCCGCCCCGAGGGCGUCUCCUCAGCCGCCAGCGUCAGUUCCAGCUCCGAGGCCAAGCCAGGUCUGUUCCAGCUGCCGGACCUGCACACGCCGUCCGACUUCCCGCGACUCACGCGGGACGUCAAGCUGCAGUGCCAUCAGCUGCGACAAGAGCUGGCAGCGUCGCCUCCAGGACUGCAGACGCUGCGCACACUCGACGACAUCUCGAACGCCAUUUGCUCCGUCAUCGACGCCGCCGAGCUCUGCCGCAACGUGCACCCCAACGAGAACUUCCGGCGGGCUGCGAGCGAGUGCUUCACGGAGCUGUCGGACUUUAUCCAGAACCUAAAUGCGGAUGUAGAGCUGUACCGAGCGCUGAAGACUGUGACGGAGGAUAAGAUCGGAAUGAAGAGCUUCACACCUGAGCAGAGAAGGAUGGGGGUUCUACUGCGCAACGAGUUUGAACGCGAUGGCAUUCACUUGUCGCGCUCGGAUCGGCAGCGAGUGAUUUCCCUGCAAAAUGACAUCACUCACCUCAGCAUGAAGUUCCAGUCGACGAUGUACAGCGCCCGGGAGUAUGUGGACGUGCCAGCGAAACUCAUCCGGGGUAUGCCGCACAGCAUCACGUCCGUGUGUGAGCGCAAGUGGAUGAGCCGCGACACGUUGCGUGUCCCUACGGACAUGCACGUCAUGAACACGAUCCUGAAGUGGGUCGGCGCCCCAGAAGUUCGGCGGAAGAUGUAUAUCGCUGCCAAUUCGUGCGCCAAGGACAACCUUCCGGUUCUGGAUGAGCUGCGGGCAAAGCGACAUGAGCUGGCUCAACUCUUAGGCUUCUCCACGUACGCGCAUCUGGCUACGAGCGACCGCAUGAUCGGAUCUCCAGAAGCUGUGGAGAACUUCAUCGACGACAUCGCAAACCAACUUAUGGCUAAGGCCAAACUGGAGCAGCAGCUACUGUUGAAGGCCAAGCGGAAGCAUGAAGGUCACUCUGUCGACCAGGUCUACAUGUGGGACUUGCCUUACUACAUGGGAAUGCUCAAGGCCCAGGAGCACCGCAUCGAUUCGCGCGUGAUUUCUGCCUACUUCCCUCUCGAGAACUGCUUGAAGGGUCUGCAUCUGCUGUGCUCAAGGCUCUUCGGUCUGGAGCUGAAACAGGAGCCCAUGCUGAACACCAGCGAGCGGUGGCACGAAGAUGUCGUCAAGCUGGCACUCACACGGAACGGCGAGACGCUUGGAUACAUUUACUUCGACCUGUACCCGCGGCAGAACAAGUACAACCACGCAGCCCACUUCACCAUUCGCUGUGGCAAGCGCCUAAGCGAUUCGUCGUACCAGAAACCCAUCGUUGCGCUGGUCUGCAAUUUCAACAAGCCGGCCCCGGACAGCCCAUCGUUGCUGACGCACGCAGAAGUGGAGACGCUUUUCCACGAAUUCGGCCACGCCAUGCACUCGCUGCUGUCUCGAACCGAAUUCCAACACUUGUCAGGCACGCGCGCAACGCUAGACUUUGUGGAGACCCCGUCGCACCUGUUCGAGUACUUCGCAUGGGACUACCGAGUGGUUAGUGAGUUCGCGCACCACUACCGGACAGGCGCUCCGUUACCUGCUUCCAUGAUGCAAGGUCUGCGAGCCUCGAAGACGAUGUUCGCCGCGAUGGACACGCAGACUCAGUGCCUCUACUCGAUGCUGGACCUCCAGCUUUUCGGAGAGCAGCCCUUGCCUUGCUCGCCUCACACGACUACGCAGAUGCUGCACGAGCUGCAGAACUCGAGCACUCUGGUGCCUCACGUGGAUGGGACGUACUGGCACACGCGCUUCGGCCACCUCAUCGGAUAUGGUGCGGGAUACUACAGCUACCUGUACGCGCGCGUGUUUGCAGCCGAUAUCUGGCACACAAACUUUGCCGGACCUAAGGGCCCGUUGAACCGCGCGGCAGGCGAGAAAUUGUACCAGAAGCUCAUGGUGCAUGGUGGUGCCAAGGAUCCGAACGAUCUGCUGGUCGAAAUGCUUGGCCGCGAGCCUUCUCCAGCGAGUUACCUGCACGAACUGGGUGUGUAG